GGUGAAGUAGGCUGUCGGGAUAACAGAGAAGGAAACAUUAAAAAAAAAAAAAAAAAGUUCUCAAACACACAUGCGCACGGACAAAAAGGGAGGUUCUCGAUAAUUUCCCACUCUGGAAAGGACUGAAGCGGCUGCAAAAAUUUGAACAAGGUGCAGCAGCACAAUGUUGGGAGUCCUCCUCACGAUUACCUUCGCCCACCUGGUGGCACUGGCGCCCCCUCCCGACGGCCCCCUUGUCCCCUGCAGACGCUGCUGUGAUCACCUUCCACCAACAGAGGGCAGCCAAGCUCCGCCUCCAAGUGGGGUGUACAGUCAGGUGCCUGAGGUCCGCGCCUACAUCAAUAUGACCAUUCUUAAAGGUGACAAAGGAGACCGCGGUGAAAGAGGGACGCCAGGAAAAACCGGACAGGAAGGCCCCACGGGACCUGUCGGCCCAACUGGUGCAAAGGGGUCAAAGGGUCAAGCGGGCCUCCCAGGCGACCCCUGCAAAGUUAAUUUCGCCGCUUUCUCUGUUGGUCGUCGCAAGUCCCUCCACAGCCUGGAGGCCUAUCAGACGCUGAUAUUCGACACCGUGUUCGUAAACCCGGACAACCACUUCAACAUGUUCGCCGGGAAGUUCAUCUGCCACACGCCCGGCAUCUACUUCUUCAACGUCAACAUUCACACGUGGAACUUCAAGGAGACGUACCUGCACAUCAUGCGAAACGAGGCCGAGCAGGCUAUUGUGUACGCGCAGCCCAGCGACCGCUCCAUCAUGCAGAGCCAGAGCCUGAUGCUGGACUUGGGACUCGGCGAUGAGGUGUGGAUCCGCCUGUAUAAAAGGGAAAGGGAGAAUGCCAUUUACAGCGAUGAUGUGGAUGUUUACAUCACUUUCAAUGGAUACCUCAUCAAAGCAAGCACAGAGUAAUUUUGUCACAUUGAAUGAGUUUAUAAAUACUUUAAAUUAAUAUUGCAUGCAAGUUUCAACAGGUGUGUAUUAGUUUUAUACCGCUUACACCCUCUAGAGGGCGUAUUUGGAUAAGUAAAUGAGUAUGUAAUUGACAGCAUAUUAAUGCACUUACUCAUUUCAACCACCAGAGGGGAGUGACUACUAACUAAUUGUGCACAUAAAUCUGCAAAACCAGCUGAAAACACUUACCUGUAUUACAGAUUUUGGGGUUUUAUUUUUGAAAAAAAAAAAUGUAACUUGCAAUAAUCACACAUGCACUGUAAAAUAAACAGAAUAUUAACAGAAUAUCCAAUUAAAAAUAGCUUACAUUGUUUAAAAAUUAAAAGGCGUGUGACAUCAUCAAGAGUACAAACCACACUAAUUAUUAAUUGCACAAAACAAGUCACUUUAAAGAUGCAUACAGAAGUUACACAAGGUCCAAAAAAUGCAGUUUCCUGCAUCUCAAAAUCGGCUUAGAAUAUCAAAUAAACAUGUGGCAUCGAACAGCUGUAACUGUAUUGUGUAAUUUUCCUCUAGAAAAAUACUUUAAACUUGUAAACUUUUGCAACCGAAGGCACUAUUUUUGUUCAUGUCAGAUCCAUGGUUCAAGCCUAUCGAAACCUUAAACUCUGGAGUUCCAACUUUUGGCAUGGUUGCAGCCUCCAGGGCUUGGACAACCAAUAUUCGAAAGUGACCUAGUAAUGAACAGAAAAUGUCGCUUUUGGAAAAUACUUCCAGGCUUUCAUCACUGACGAGCAACAAGACAUUUUUUUGCAUUUUAAACUUGAUGCUACAGUGUAGUUGACUUGGUGUUUGUCAAAGCAAAGCUGCUAAUGUUAUGCUAAUAUUCUACAUUAUUCGACUACAAAGGUAAUCCCUUGUUUAUCAUAGUUAAAUGGUUCCAGACCCGACCAUGAUAAAGGGAAUAUUUUUGUAGUUAAAAGCAUUGAAAACCUGUUCAUAAUCUUCUUUAACCAUAUGAGAGACCUCUAGACAUGAAAUAACACCCCUAUAGUCACUGUUACACUGAUAUUACCCAAUAUAGAUCAGAAAAAAGAAGCCAUACCAGGCACAAUUAAGACUAUAAAUGUGUUCCAGUGCUCGGAGAGCUGAUUAGC